AUGCAUCUUUCCCCCCUCCUCCUCCUGAGCGCGACUCUCGCUUCAGCGCAAUACGGCCCAGGCCCAGAGGAACUAGAAUACCUCAAAAACAUCAACGAAGGCUCAAACAACAACCAGAACCAGGACGAGAACUACAACCACAACUACAACGGAAAUGCCGAGUACGACGGUCCCUACGAGCACUAUCAAAACACCGCCGCGAGCCCUUACACCCCAAUCCAAGCCCCAGCCUCAUCGCCAUCUCCUCUGAUCCACAGCACAUUCGUGGUGCGCCCUUCUCAAGCACCCGUUGCCCAGGCCCAGGCCCCGGCCCCUGGAUACGCUUACAACCACCCAAGCCCGGAUGUCUCUGAACCGUCUGCUGCACACCGGGACCAGCAGACUCCCGCUCCUCACCGCGAAGAAGCAUCUCGAUCCGCACCCAAAGACCAGUCCAAAUCCCAUGGAUCGUCUCGACACUACGGACCCUCCUUCGAUACAGCCAACCACAAACCCCCCGGCGGAACAACUGGCAACGUAGCUCCGGUCGACCCGCUGAAACCUGGUUCGAAGGUUGCGCCUCCUCCCCUCUUCCCGAACAAGAAUUACGGAAAGGAUGAGGGGAAUGCGUUCUGUAUGGGGGAGUGCUUUAAGCAUGAGAGUGAUGCGAAGUGUGGGGAGCCUUAUGCUAUGGCUAUCUAUAAGCCGGCUAAGGGGUGCUAUACGUGCUGCUUUACUUCUGAUUUCUAG